UAUAUAUAUAUAUAUAUUUUCCCUAGCUACCAUAUUGGGCAUGCUAAGGAAACUUAGAUAAGGAAUUAAAGGAGGAAAAAGAGUGAAACCAACCUUUAUAUAUUUGCUGUAGAUAAAAAUAGUUUAUGUUAUUCUCCAGUUGAGGGUAAUGGCACUCUUGAUCUUGGCAAUUCUGAUUACUGCAGUUAUAAGCAAAGAAGCAUACUUUGUCCAUGGUGACAUUGGCACUGCAUCGUAUUAUAACCCACCAUAUAUACCAACUAAAUGUGAUGGUAAUAGAGAAGAACAGUUUCCACCUGGGAACUUGUUUGUUGCAGUUAGCGAGGGAUUAUGGGACAAUGGUGCCGCUUGUGGGAGGCGUUACCGAUUAAGAUGCCUGAGCGGACCUAAGCGACCAUGUAAGCGGAGAACCAUUGAUGUCAAAGUGGUGGAUUUCUGCCCUUUCACUCCAUGCCCCUCUACUAUCAUGCUGUCCAGGGAUGCUUUUGCUGCUAUUGCACAUAAACAUGGAAGGAAAAUCAAUAUAGAAUAUAUACAGAUUUGAAGAAGAAGCUACUAUUAAUACAAUCAUAUCGAAGUAGCAGUUUCAGCCUGUGUAAGAAAGAAAAAUACAUGCAAGGAAGACACUAGAAAUGUGAUCAAGAUGUUAAUAUCAAGUUUGUAAAUUCUUUCACCGAUACAAGGAAAUAUCAGUAACAUUUGCGAUA